GAAUUGUAUACAAAUACUUAAUGUUUAUUGUUUAUGACCAAAUGACAACAUAAAUUUUAUAUAAUUGUACAAAAACAUGAACAAAAAUAAAGAUAUUAUUGUAUGUGUACCAGGACAGAGGUUAUGUAUUUCCGACAAAAUUAAUAUUGCUGGACCAGGUACUUACGAGCAACAAGGAUAUAUUUUUUCAAAACUUGCUGGUGUAGUGAAUUUAAUACAAAAGGAAAAUACUCGUACUAUAGAAGUUCAUGGUAUAACAGAGCAAAGUAUUGUUCCUGCACCUGGUGAUAUUGUAACAGCUAUGGUUAUUAUUGUUAAUCAAAGAUUUUGUAAAUGUAGUAUAAAAUGUAUUGGUGAUAUUGUGUUGACAAGACCUUAUCGAGGUGUUUUAAAAAAAGAAGAUGUACAUGCAAUUGAUAAAGAUAAUGUUCAAAUGUAUAAAUGCUUCAGACCUGGAGAUAUUAUCCUUGCCAGAGUUAUGCCAAUGACUGAAGCACAUACUUAUCAUUUAAGUACAGCAGAGAAUGAAUUAGGUGUAGUGAUAGCUCAUAGUGAAGAAGGUGUAGCCAUGAUACCCAUUAAUUGGACACAGAUGCAAUGUCCGAAAACAUUGAGAAAAGAAUUUAGGAAAGUUGCAAAAGUUGUUCCAGAACACAUUGUUGUAGAAUAA